GAGCAAGUGCACUAAAAUAAAGUCUGGGACUAAAAGAGUAAUUUCAAACUAAUGUGAAGUCGGACCUGCUGCAGCUGUUGUUUGGAGUGGACGACUGACGGGAGACAUGGACAAGCGAUCAGAGCCGUCCUGUUGCCUCAGUGUCAGUAAGAUCUCCUACACCGUCAGUGAGCGUGUGGGACCGUGGUGGGACUUACCCUCCUGCAGAAAGCGAUGGACUCGUCAGAUUCUCAACGAUGUCUCCUUUCAUGUCGGCAGUGGGCAGAUAAUGGGCAUACUGGGCAAUUCAGGUUCAGGGAAGACGACGUUACUGGAUGCCAUCUCAGGACGGAUCGGGAGCCAAGGUGCACUGCUGGGAGAAAUCUUCAUCAAUGGAAUAAAGGUGAAGAGGGAACAGUAUCAGGACUGUUUCUCCUACGUCCUGCAGAGCGAUAACUUGCUGAGUUAUCUGACAGUGGAAGAGACGCUGACCUACACAGCCCAGCUGGCCCUGCGCAAACAAUCAGCCAAAGCUAUCAAGAAAAAGGUGUCGGCAGCGAUGGCAGAGCUGAGUCUGAGUCACGUGGCACACAGUGUGAUCGGAGGUCGUAUUUUCCCAGGGAUCUCCGGUGGCGAGAGAAGAAGGGUCUCCAUCGCCGGCCAGUUGCUUCAGGACCCAAGGGUGAUCUUAUUGGACGAGCCGACCACCGGCCUGGACAGCAUGACCGCCAAUCAGAUUGUUGUGUUGCUGGCAGAGCUUGCAAGGAGGAACCGCAUCGUCAUAGUAACCAUCCAUCAACCACGCUCCGAGCUCUUCAGGGUGUUCAGCAGGAUAGCCAUCAUGAGUCGGGGAGAGCUGGUAUUCUGCGGACAGCCAGAUGAGAUGGUGGACUUCUUCAGCCAAUGUGGAUAUGAGUGUCCAGAGUACUGCAACCCUUUUGAUAUCUAUGUUGACUACACCUCGGUGGACACACGCAGCAGUGAAAGAGAGGCCGCCACAUUCAGCCGCAUGCAAGACAUCACCUCAUCUUAUCAGCGCUCUGCCAUCUACCAGAGCAUGCUGGACCAAAUAGAGCAGAGCCUGCAGCAAGCAGACAAGCCAGCCAUCCCCUUUAAGAGCAAAAAGUCCCCCCACGGUGCCGUCAAGCUGGGAGUUCUGAUCAGGCGUACAGUAAGAAACCUUUCCAGAGACAGGAUGGGUAUCCUGAUGCGUCUGUCCCAGAACCUCAUAUACGGGCUGUUUGUGGCCUUCUUCGUCAUGGGGAUAGACAAAGAUGUCACCAAGGGUGCCAUACAAGACCGCAUCGGCAUCAUCUACCAGUGUGUUGGCGCUUCGCCCUACACAGGGAUGCUGAACGCUGUCGCCCUCUUCCCAGCCGUGAGAGCCAUUAGUGAUCAGGAGAGUCAGGACGGUCUGUACAGUAAAUGGCAAAUGUUCUUGGCCUACAUCUUUCACAUCCUACCCUUCAGCAUCCUGAGCGUCUUCAUCUUCUCCUCCUUCCUUUAUUGGACGGUGGGGCUGUACCCGGAGAGUUUGCGCUUCUUGUCUUUCACAGGUGUAGUUCUCGUGCCACAUAUUAUAGGAGAGCUGCUGACUGUCGUGCUACUAGGAGUGGUGCAAGACCCUAACAUGGUCAACACUGGUGUGGCUUUGCUCAACAUUGCAGGGAUCUUGGUGGGAUCUGGCUUCCUCAGAAGCACCCAGCAGAUGCCCGUAGUGUUCCAGUGGCUCAGUUACCUGACCUUCCAGAAAUACAGCUGUGAGCUGCUCAUCGUCACCGAGUUCCACGACCUUAACUUCACAUGCAAUGCGUCUAAACCUUUCCCAAACGCGUGUUUGGUCACUAGUGGUGAUCAGAUCAUUGAGCAAGGCUACCCUGGCGCUCUGCAACGAUACGCCCUGGACUUUGCUCUCCUCUACCUCUUCAUUCCUGCGUUGGUGCUGCUGGGUAUAAUCAGUUUUAAGAUCAGGGACAAGAUCGCACGUCACUAAAACAACGACACAUAGAAUUAAGACAGGGUUUUGUUUAGAGGAAACUGGGGUUUAGUCCUGAUGAACCAACACAGAUUUGCUGUGUAACAUUUACAAUACAGAGGAGAUGCCCACACUGGAGAACUGUGGCCAGUACUUAUCUAUUUUUUUUCCUUACAUUCAAAGAAUGCUUUUGUGUGAAAUACUUUAAGUUUUUAGCAUAAAAUGAGUCAAAUCUCUUCCUCACCUGGCUAUACAUUUUAAACGAGCUUUUCAGUGCACUUUGUGUUAAUCAGUUUGCUUUCCACCGUGAUACCAAAGUACUAGAAAUAAACAAGAAAGGCUAUAAAAAAAAUAGUUUAUCAAUACAGUUGAUGAAAAAAAUCUUGUUAUUCAAUCAUCUUCGACACGUGGGAAAAAUAAUGCUUCCAUUUUAUGUAUAAAACAAUUAACAAAUGAUAAGGCUUCAUAAGAUAACAGCAAGUGGAAUAUGAAAAUAACACAACACAACUCCUGCUUCCUCUUUUUUCCUGAAACUUAAACACCCAUGUUUAUAUAACACCUGCUUUUAUAUUUGUUCCUUUAGAUAUUUUUUUGAUACUUUCAACUUUAAAAGUUUAUAUUUAUAUGAAGCAAACAGUUUAGAAAUGUCUUUAGAGCUCAUUAUGCAAGCCCUUAUGGAAAUGUUCAUGUACAUUCAAUGUCUUUAAACAUAUCGGGAAGAACUUAUAUGCAAUGUUUUAUAUGCAGUUUGUGUUUUCACAGAAGUAUUGUGCUAUUGUUGCUGAGUCUGUCUCUGUGUCAGUGAGUGUCAUCAUGGAAAAAUGGGACCUGGAAGUCCCUAUUGUAGCAGAAAGACAGCUUUGGGUAGUUUAGUUAAUGUUUGUAAAUAUAUAUCUGUCUGUGGAUAUAUGACAAAUGUGUAAGUGAGGAAAGCUUAGUUUAUAAAUAUCCUCCGUCCAGCCCUUGAGUAUUAACUACAACUGAGUGACUGUGGGUCAAUGUGAAGAUGAUCCUUAUUUUAGACUGUAACAUACAUUUCCACAUUGAGAUAUUGAGUAAACUACAUGAACUUUGCAACUUAAAUUACGUGUAAAUUGUAUUUGCAUUCUUGGUUUAUUGUGAAAUGUCAGGUUAGAGUUAGUUUCUGUAAAGGCUCAGGAAUGUAUAUUGUUGUAAUGAUGUCAACUCACUUAUUUUUCUUAAAGACAUUUAAUAACAGAAUAAAGUAAAAAAAAUACAAAAUAAAAGAAAGGUCCAUCUGAGUUAAUUGUUGGUUGCAUGAAAUACAAAGAUGACAAAUAAAUAAUAUAAAUUGUACAUUGUAUGUACAUUAUUAAGUGUUGUUUGUGUCCAAUAAAGUUAUCUCUCAUGUCUCCA